AAUUAAUAUUUUCUUUUUCUAUAUUUGAGGUAACACUUGAAGUUCUUUUUCUAAAUCAUUAAGCCUCUUCUUCUUAUUUUGACACUUUCUAUGUCCUUGGUUGGUUCAGAAAAACACUCUGCACUGAAACAGCAAAACCACACAGCAAAUAGACAUGGCCAUGGCUACAAAACUCCACCAUUUUCACCCUUCCCUUUCUUUCUUCCUCUCUUGUCACUCUCACCUUCUCCGUUCUGCUUCUACCAACAUGAUCAUCUUCUACUCCUCCUGGUACAAUCCACCUCCUCCCUCCAAACACCAUGAAAUCCUCUGCACAAUCUCAGAAGCCAUCAACACAGUCCACACUUCCGAAAUCUACAACAAGCCACCUCUUGAUUACUCCCACAACCCCAGAAUCAAACGCAUUCUACCUUCCAUUACACCCUUUCUGGUAACGAAACUCAUCAACAUCAACCCUCUUUCUCUCCCACCUUCCUCCAUUUUCUCCUUCUUCAACUGGCUCGCUACUCGCCCUCCCUUCCGCCACACUCUCCGAUCCUACUGCGCCAUGGCGCAUUUCCUCUGCGACCAUAGAAUGCUCCCGGAAGCACACUCCCUCCUCUGUUUCCUCGUUUCGCGAAAGGGACACGGUUCUGCUUCUUCGCUCUUUGCUUCGUUCCUCCAAACAAUGCCGACCCAACAAUCUGUUCUCGUCUUUGAUGUGUUAAUCUCUGCUUACACUGAUUCUGGGUUCAUGGACGAUGCUGUUCAGUGUAUCAGGUUGGUUAGGAAGAAGAACCUUCAAAUACCUCUUCGUGCUUGCGAGAAUCUGCUUCGUUACAUGAUGAAGGUGAAACCGCCUGGUCCUUCCUGGGAGUUUUAUUUGGAGAUUUUGGAAUGUGGGUAUCCUCCAAAAGUUUAUCUUUUCAAUGUUUUGAUGCAUGGGUUUUGUAAAGUUGGUGAUAUUAGGAGUGCCCGGUUGGUGUUUGAUGAAAUUCCCAAGAGGAAAUUGCGUCCGACGGUUGUUAGUUUCAAUACUUUGAUUAGCGGGUACUGUAAAUCGGGGAAUGUGGAGGAGGGUUUCAGGUUGAAGGGUGUUAUGGAGAGUGAAAGAAUCUUUCCUGAUGUUUUCACUUUCAGCGCUUUGAUCAAUGGGUUGUGUAAAGAGAGUAGGUCGGAUGAGGCGAACCAUUUGUUUGAUGAAAUGUGCAGGAGGGGCUUGGUCCCCAAUGGUGUUACUUUCACCACUUUGAUUGAUGGGCAGUGCAAAGAUGGGAAGGUUGAUUUAGCCUUGAAAAAAUUUCAGAUAAUGCUGGAUCAGGGUAUUAGACCUGACUUGGUCACUUACAAUGCUCUGAUCAAUGGGCUUUGCAAGGUUGGAGAUUUGAAGGAGGCUAGGAAGCUUUUGAAUGAAAUGAAUGCACGUGGUUUGAAGCCGGACAAGAUCACCUUCACUACUCUAAUGGAUGGAUGUUGCAAGGACGGUGAUAUGGAAUCAGCAUUGGAGAUUAAGAAGAGAAUGGUUGAAGAGGGGAUUGAACUUGAUGCUGUAGCUUUCACCACACUUAUCUCUGGACUAUGUAAAGAUGGAAGAGGUCGCGAUGCAGAAAGAAUGUUGAGAGAUAUGCUAAGUGCUGGCUUCAAACCGGAUGACCCAACAUAUACCAUGGUUAUUGAUUGCUUUUGUAAAAGGGGUGAUGUUAAGAUGGGAUUCAACUUACUCAAGGAAAUGCAAAGAGAUGGACCUGUACCGGGAGUUAUCACAUAUAACGCACUAAUGAACGGACUGUGCAAACAAGGUCAGAUGAAAAAUGCAAAAAUGCUGUUACAUUCAAUGCUUAAUUUGGGGGUGGUUCCAAAUGAUAUUACAUUUAACAUUUUACUAGACGGGCAUUGCAAGCAUGGUAGAUCUGUUGAUUUUGACAUAUUUAGUAGUGAGAAAGGACUUGUAACAGAUUAUGCUUCAUAUACAGCACUUGUUAAUGAAUGUAGUAAAACUUCAAAAGAUCGCCUGAAGAGAUGAUUGGUACUCAAGUUCUCCUUAUCUGAACUAGCACAGAUGUUGGCGGGUAGAAUACAUUUAAAACUUCAUUGUCUCAAGAUCCAUGAUUGCUUUGGUAGAUUGCUGAAAAUAUUGUGCAAAAAGGAAAGGGGAGCUUCCAUCUGAUAAGUUAUUUUGAUGUUCAAACCAAUGCCAUUGUGGAAAGCCAGAUGUCUUCGUGCAGGUUUGGAAUUUCAUUCGAAAAUGAUGGUGAAGACAAAAUCAUGGUGGGAGAAGCAAAUGCUAAACGGAGUUGCUUCUGUCCACCAUGAUAUUUCUUUCACUGUAAUUUUCGAACGAGUUUCCAAAGUGCACUUCAUUAUUGCAACAAGACCAUAGUUAUUGGGGAUUGGGAUUGCAUCUCUCCACUUUUGUGUGCGGAAUACUACUGCUGCCAAAUGAGGUUCUUUUGACUGCUUGUGUGCUAAAGCAAGUUGGCUGCUAUUGUCAAUGCUGGAAGUUUGUUCUUUUGGUCUAAGUCAAUGCUGGAAGCUAAAGACUAGAUAACUAGCUAGCUAGCUUUGAGCUACCUAAGAUGUCUCAGUUGCAUCUAAAAUGGCUUCCUAUCCGCCUGAUAUGGAUGCCCAAGUUGAUACUUAAAGAAAGUGCAUUGAUGGCAGUUGUCAAAUUGCUGAUGGAUUUGCAGAAGUGAGCAACAUGUUGCUUGGCGCCAAAGAUAGGGUAAUUAGCUAAUCUGAGCAACCAAAAUGGCUUCCUAACUACUUGAUAUGGAUGCCCAUGUGGAUUCUUAAACUGAAGUACAUUGAUGGCAAACGCCAAAUUGCUUAUGGAUAUGCAUAACUGAGCAACCUAUUAAGGAUCCUCUCAUCUGCAAAUUCUCUCAUGUUGAAAAUUUGCAUAUAUCUCUAUUCAUAAACAUGUAAAGGGUCUCGCCUAUACAUAUUUAAUGCAUACAUGUGGAGCGGAAGGUAGACACAAAAUUUGGACAUUAAUGAACAUGAGAGGAUUCCUAAUCCGCAAUGGAUUAGAAGAAAUUUUAGUUGGAAGGAGGAGAGGAUUUGAAGAAGUGAUUAAUCAUAAUAUUUUGCUGAUUGUGGAUUAUGACAUUAGAGUGAUGAUGAAUUAUACCCCGUGCCCAUUUUUAUGUGACAUGUCCUAUCAAGUGGGAUCAAGCCCCUACCAAUGCAACAUUAGAAGAAACACCUACAGGACUGGAGUUCAUUUUGAUUCGCAUUCGCAAAUGUUGUGGCCUUGCGAUGAACUGAUGAUUCUCAAGUUGGAAGCAGAUUAUUUCCUUGAUCUAUCUUUCUUUUGGGUCAGCUUCUUUCUUUUCUUUGUGAACCUGCAAGGGCAAUUUUCGACGAUUCACAAAGUUAAAUGCUAUUGAAAUUUCAUAAGAGAUUCUUCUUGCUCAAGUGUCCCACCUAGUUUUGGGAUUACAUGAACUUUGAACACAAAUUUCCUGGUCGGUUUGCACGCAUUUGGACUUUAUUUGUAACACAGAAAGAAAAUUACCUGAAAACCAUAGCCGCUAAUAGCAUGCAUCAUAGCCAUAAGAUUUCUUAUGAAAUCCAUUGCACAUAGAACUAUUAGUAGCAGUAAUGAAUCAGAGGCACGAGGCUAAGGUUGGAGGUCCUUACUCAGGGACCAUUCCAAUAAGCUUAUGUAAGAGUGUAAGACUGAAAUCCAAAUUAUAUAUUUACAUUCUCAUUCAUUCAUAGUUGUUUUAUGGU